AUGAGCAACAAGUCCCCAAAGCAGUUCAAACAAUUCAAAAACCUACUUGCUCUCCUUCAAUGUACCCAUAUCCCCAUAUUCAUUUCAUGGUAUUCACUAUCCGUUGCGCCGGAGAACACCCAUAUCCAAUGGACUGACACAAUGGUAUAUCAUGACCCUAUUCUUUAUGUUCUUCCGGUUCUCGCUGUAAUUUUUGGUCUGAAAUUGUACCUGGUGGUUUGUGAUAUGUGUUUCGAGCUGGAGGCGUUGACAAAGUGUCGGAGGGAUUUGGCUAUUGGGUAUUUUGGAAUGGCAGUAUGUGGAAUUGUGCCACAGGUGCUGAGAAUAGUUUGGAUGGAUAGGGUUAGGGACGUGAUCGCCUUCUCUGCCAUCUGCGCCCUUGCCAACUUCCUACUAGCUGCAUUAUUCAUUUUCAGACAUCACCAAAAAUAUAGAGUCAUUGAUUUUAUACCACAACAAGGGGCUAUAACUGUGAGAACUCUUGUUAUUCAAUUCCAACUUGCAUGUAUAUGGUUUUUAAUCGAAAAUUUGAAAUAUAGCAAAGAAAUGGUUACGAGUAUUGGGAAAUUCUGUGUUCUUUAUGAUAUAUGUUAUGUGGCGUGCAGUGCCGAGUUUGCAGUCGUUAUGGUGGGUUGGAUCACGCUGGAAAAGGAAAAUGACGCGAAUAAUCGGGGGGAUACUGUAUGUAUAUCUGGAACAUGGAAUGAUAGAUAUAAUAGAUACCAGUAUGAAGUCCUAAGAAAACCCAGACUUCCCUCUCCAUGGGAACUACGACCGAUAGCUAUGGUUACUGUACCUACAGUACCCAGAUCUCUUGGCUACACCGCUAUUAGCGAUUCAGACUUGUUUAGGAUUCAAACUUAUCCUUGCCAUACUGCGGUCCAUCAAGAAUCACAACAUUUAGUUAGGGUUAUUGUACCUACAGCACCCAUGGAAGAAGAGGAAGAAGAGACAACAGAUGGCGAAAACCUACAGUACCCCAUCUCCAGCUCCACCAGCGGCACCGAAUGCAACAUCUGCAUGCUUCGCUACAGUACCACUACAGUAAUCCCCAGAAUGUUAGUAGGAUGUGGACAUACAGUAUGCCAGGCGUGUAUCCAGAAACUUCCGAGACAAGAAUUCGUACUCUGCCCGUUUUGUAGGAAACCGACAAGUUUGCCGGAUAACCUACCGAGCCGUCUACCUAAGAACUAUGCCGUUCUGGAUAUCAUUCAUAAUUUGGAGAAGUAA